GGUGGGCAUGGGGAGGGCGCCAGGGCUGCCACCGCAGCUGCUGUCCAGAGGAUGGGGACAGGCACAGUGUCCCCGAGCAGCCCCGUGUCCCCAGGUGCUUUGGGGCCCUGCAGAAGUCACCAAAAUGGGGCAGGGGAACAGAAGCCCAGGAGAUGCCCCGUCCCUCAGAGGGGGGCAGGUGUCCUGGCGGAGCGGUGGGAUGCAGGACGCAGCAGGACCUGGCCCGGGACCACCCCAGGCACACCCCGCUGCUGUCAGCUGGUGGCCCUGGUGGCCGUGUGGCGUGUCCCGUGACGCCGCCAGGACAGGGACAGCCUGCGGGCUGGGAAAGGAGGCGGGAGCCAUCCGUGCCACCUGCGCUGCUGGGAAGGUCAGUGCGGCCGCUGCAGCCUGCGCCGAGGGAUGGGGAGCAGGGACCUGCCUCAGUUUCCCCUGGAUCGGGGCUAACGGCCAGGAAAGGACAGCUCUCGGCCCCCCAGGCUGCACACGGGGGGCACAGGACACGGUGGCCGCUGUGGCAGGAUGCCAGGCCGGGCACAGCCCCGGGGCUCCCCUGGCUCCCUCUCCUGCAAUUCCUCCCAGGGCACAGCUCAGAGCAGGAGUGGGGAGGGUGAAAAGAGUGCAGUGGCCUCUGCUCGCCCCAGCCCCGGCUCCAUGCCCAGCGGGCACAGCUCCCCACGCCACCUCUGACUCCGGCACUCCCCAAAACACCCAGGGCUGGGGUCGCACAGCCCCCCACUCCCACGGCGAGGAACCUCCCUGCUCCUCCUGGCUCCGCUGAGGCAGCACAAAUUCUCCUGCCUCCAGCCCCCUCCACAGCUCUGGGGGCUCCCCAGCACCCCUCGUUUCGGGGCUGGCUCCAGAGCAGGGGUUUGGCUGCAGCCAGCACUCCGGGCACUUCAGGGAUUUCCCGGCGGCUUCUCCUCCCUUCGCUCCUCCCUCUCCAUCACCGCAUCGCCAGCGCUCAUCACCAUCGGGGGGGAAGAGGCUGCAGCCGGGGUCACCCCCGGAGCCCCCCGAGCCCCCGGGGAGCAGCGGGAGGAGCACCCCCGCAGCCCAGCACCUCUUCCCCGGGCUCCACCUCACCAUCAUGCUUUUUUCCUCUUGUUUCUUCUCUUGCAGGUUUCACAUGGGGAACCUUCUAAAAGUGUUGACUUAUAACGAACUUGACCAAGGCCCUAAUUUUUUCCUUGACUUUGAAAAUGCGCAGCCCACGGAGGCCGAGACGGCGGUGUGGAACCAGGUGAACGCCGUGCUGGAGGAGGCGCACGCCGUCCUGGCCGAGCUGCAGUCCUACACGGGAGCCGGGCAGGAGAUCCGAGAGGCCAUCCAGAACCCCGGGGACCUGCGGCUGCAGGAGCGCGCCUGGAGCGCCGUGUGCCCCCUGGUCGCCAAGCUGAAACGCUUCUACGAGUUCUCCCUGCGGCUGGAGAACGCCCUGCGGAGCCUGCUGGAGGCCCUCACCAGCCCCCCCUACGCCCCGACCCAGCACCUGGAGCGGGAGCAAGCCCUGGCCAAGCAGUUCGCCGAGAUCCUGCACUUCACCCUCAGCUUCGACGAGCUCAAGAUGACCAACCCUGCCAUCCAGAACGACUUCAGCUACUACAGACGGACCAUCAGCCGGAAUCGCAUCAACAACCUGCAGCUGGACGCAGAGAGCGAGGUGAACAACGAGAUGGCCAACAGGAUGUCCCUGUUCUACGCCGAGGCCACCCCCAUGCUGAAAACCCUCAGCAACGCCACCACCAAGUUCGUGUCAGAGAACAAGACCCUCCCGAUCGAGGACACCACCGACUGCCUGAGCACCAUGGCCUGCGUGUGCAGGGUGAUGCUGGAGACCCCGGAGUACCGGAGCCGCUUCACCAACACCGAGACCCUGCUCUUCUGCAUGAGGGUGAUGGUGGGCGUCAUCAUCCUCUACGACCACGUGCACCCCGUGGGGGCCUUCGCCAAGACCUCCAAGAUCGACAUGAAAGGCUGCAUUAAGGUGCUGAAAGACCAACCCUCAACCAGCACCGAGGGGCUCCUGAACGCUCUGAGGUACACCACUCGGCACCUGAACGACGACAGCACGUCCAAACAGAUCCGGGCCCUGCUGCAGUGAGCGCGGGGCGGCCGCCGAGCCACCACCACCAUCCAGCUCAUCUUGUACAGAGGGAAAAGGGACGGCGAGGAAGGCGCAGAAAAACCCAGAACAAACCCCAACGGCCCGGGCUGCCCUCCCCCACCACGUGCUCCUGCCCCCUCCCCCCUUCCCACCCCCAAAUCAGCUCCUGGACACGAGGGGGGGGUGGCACCCUGGGGACACCAGGGGUGUCUGGGGGGCCAGGGCCAGGCAGGACAGACCCGGGCAAGGAAGUGCUGGUGGGGCUGGCAGCACGGGGGCACCUUGGGGAGGGGGCAGGUGGUGCCCCUGUCCCCAUCCUGGUCCCCAGGAGGAGGAGGGAGAGGAUGAGGAGGAGGAGGAGGAGGAAGAAGUAUCCCUGUGGAUCUGCACUGACUCUGGAGGAAACGGCUCAGUCUCACCUGGUAGAUUUUUAAUAUGAGCAAUUAAAUCCACACUCACCUCUUCUUUUCUACAUUUUUUUUUUUGGGUGUGAAAUAAAAUGACAUUUAAUCUGUUCGUGUGGCCGGA